CUGACGUGACAUUGGCGGUGGCUUGCGGCCACGCAAAACAAAAGGAAUUCGGCCGUAAUACAUCAACGAGGCGUAGCUAGUCAGUCCUUCUCAAAUUUCUGCCAAUAUCUAGGCGUAAUUUGGUUUUUGAAGUUUAUAUAUGACUUAUUUUGGAUUACUUUGUUCUAAAUUAUUGUUCGAUUUCAAAUACGUAAUGCUAUCAAUGGCAGUAGCAUGAAAAGGCUUGGAUUGAAAGCACAACUCUGUCUCAGAGCUGUAGGGCCCUUGGGGCCCCAGUAGAGGAUGCACCGUGGUGUGGACAGGGACUUCCAGACUUCAGCGCGGAGGAUGGGUACAUCCUUGCUGUUCCAGUUGUCUGUCCAUGAGCGUGAACUGGACUUGGUGUUCCUGGACCACAGCUAUGCCAAGCCAUGGAAUGCCCACCCGGACGCCAGCAGUGCCCGGCCCACGCGCAUGCUGUUCGUCACACCCCGUCGCCAACCUGAUGCCGCUCCGGAAUCAGACCUGUCAAUAGAUGUGGAAUCUGUCACGCCUACACCUAUUCCACUCUAUGACAAUCAGAAAGCACGCAGUGUUAUGAAGGAGUGUGAGCGACAUGUUUUAUUUGCUCGCACAGUUGCCGAUGGUCCCCCACCCCCUGAUGACUGGGAGGAACACAUCAACAAGGCUGGAUGGUCGGUCACUCAAAACAAGUUGUUUAAUAAGGUGCUGAAGGCUCUGCAAGCUGAAAGACUGGCCCGGCUGGCCAAUGAAAACGCCUCCAAUGAGCCAGUAUUGCGCAGGAUUGCUGUAGACAAGUGUGCCCGAAAGGUCCGCCAUGCACUGGCCAGUGUCAACUGGGACACCAAAUUGACCCAGUGGCUACACAGCACCCUGAUAGAAUCCCUCAGUCUGGCCAUGCUGGCCGCUUACCUAGACGUACUGCAGACACUCAAGAGCAAGUUGCCCUCGCUGAUUGACAGGAUGCUGAUGACUUCAUCAGUGAAGACUGGAGCAGCCGGUGCAGAGGCCCUCUCUCUGCUCCUGAAGAGGCCCUGGGACCCUGCUGUGGGCGUUCUGUCUCACAACAAACCGAGCAAGCUUCCUGGCUCCCCACUCAUCUUAAUUGCACCAUCAGGGCCCACCAAUCCUGCUCUUUCUACCUCGCGCCGAAUUAGAUUUUGGCAGUCACAGCUCUCCUGCUUGGGAAAGGUAAUCCCGGUAAAUACCCAUGUAAACAGUGGAGCCAAUGUGGGCAUCACUCAGUGUCUGGAGCACAUGUUGGGCACUGUCAGGGCCAAAGUCAUGGAGGUCCACAGUCACUUCCCUCACAAACCCAUUAUCCUGGUUGGCUGGAAUGUGGGAGCGCUCAUCGCCUGUCAUGUCUCUCUCAUGGAAUACCUGACUGCUGUGGUGUGUCUUGGCUUUCCCCUGCUAACCAUCAAUGGACCAAGAGGGGAUGUGGACGACCCCUUGCUGGACAUGAAGACACCAGUGCUGUUUGUGGUUGGUCAGAAUGCUCUGCAGUGUGGCACCGAGGCCAUGGAGGAGUUCCGAGAGAAACUCCGGGCCGACAACAGCAUGGUGGUGGUGGGGGGAGCCGACGACAACCUCAGAAUCAACUCCACAAAGAUGAAAUCAGAGGGACUGACACAGACCAUGGUGGAUCGAUGCAUUCAGGAUGAGAUAGCAGACUUCCUGUCGGGGGUGCUGACACGGGCGGAGAGCCAUGGCCAUGGCUCAGGAGAGUUGAGGGACCUGGACACGGAGAAGAAGAAGAAGCCCAGACGGGAGCUGCCCUUUGACCUGGAAAGGGGUCGCCCCUCCUCCCCUGCCCUCAGAGUACCCAUCUCCCCCUCAGGCUCCGAGGACCUGUCCAGUGUGUGUAGCAGUCCCACCUCCAGCCCCAAGCCAAAGACGUCGGGACUGUCCCCAGCACAGAAGUCCAGUCUGAUCACUGCCACACAACUCCUCAAGACCCAUAUGCAGCGGUCUGGGACUGUGCUCACACACAAGCAGGCACAAGCCCAGUUUGCUGCUUUUAUGAAACAAAACAUGCUUGUGAGGAAAAAUCUUCCUCCUGGCACUCCCUCCUGUAUCUUUGUGCCUGUAUCCAGUGAGCAGACAGAGGGCCUGGAGAGAGACGAGCUGCGGGCCCAUCUGAAGAGGAGGCAGACUCCCAGCCCGACUCCCACCAAGGCCUCCAAGAGAGCCAAGAUUAAGGUGACCAUUCUGCAUGGAGAGACAGCAGGGGGCUCUGUCAGCUCUAUAGCACAGGAAGGGGGUCCUUCUGGGAAGCCCCUGGCUGUGACUGUGGGACAGACUGUGUCUGGAGCCAAGGAACUCUCUGGACUCCUCACAUCCCAGCGGUCUGGUAGUCUGACAGAGAUGUCUAGUGCCCUGAGCUCGGGGUCCAGCUCUUUCCACAACCUGCAGAGUUGCAUGGUGUCAGGGUCCUCCUCACCAGUCCAGGCGCAAGCUCCUGCCCAAGCACCUUCCGCCAGCAGUCUCCUCCAAGGCCUAAGUUUCAGUCUUCAGGAGAUCGUGACCAAAUCCCCUAGCCUGCCUACCACAACAGCUAGCAUGGGCAGCAUUCAGGCCUCCGGUGGGAAGCCCCAGGGUCAGGUCCUUAGCUCCAUAGGUACUGGCAGCAGCACUCUGCUCCGGGCAGUGCCUGUGGUUUCCACUGGAGGGCUGACCAAGACCACUGCCAUCCACCAGUUACUCGCCAAUGGCGGGCUGGCCAAGCUGGCGAGCAGCCUCCCCGGCCUGGCACACAUCUCCACCCAGAGUGCCGGUACGUCCCGAACUGCCAAACCACGGCGGCCACGCUGAAUGCCCAGGGUUCUCUUUAACCCCUUGAUUUUCGGAAAAGCUAGAAUAGCAGGACGGGCCCUAUCGCCAGGUCACCUUGGCCACACUACAGAUAGGUGACCGAGAUAUAGUGGCCAGCAUGAUCAAUAAUGUGUAUACAGAUAGUCAUCCAUGAGGAUCCUAGGUGUAUCUGAAAGGCCAGACUUGCAGCCGUGUAACAUCGUAGUGUACAGAUUUGUAUCAUAAGGGAUGAUGUGUAUUUGUACUAAUGUUCAUGUUUGGAAAGAGCCAUAAGGGAAAACAUCAAUGAAUACAUGAUCCAGAUGAAUGUGACAUUGGAAUUAGCAGUUUGAUGAAGUCAAGUUUAAUACAUAUUGUUUAUGUAUCAAUGGAAGUCUACACAUGUCAAAUGUAAAUGUUCAAAAUGCUUACUUGAGAAUCAUUGAAUAUGUUCAUAUUUGCCUGACGUUUCCUUGAAUACAUGGAACUCUUUGAUACAAAAUUGAUGUCACAAUAAUUGUGAAUCAAGAGGGCCAAAAAUUAAUGGAAAUUCUUGCAUUUUGGCGUUUUGAAUAUCGACUAAAUGUCACAUGACAACGUCAAUGGCCCUGUUCAGACUGCAUUUGUUCACCAGAUCUGUCCACUCGAUAGAUGCCUUUUUAUGUUUGUUUCAUUUUGAUUGCUUGGUCUUCAUGUUACAACAUUUUGUAAAUCCAUUAAUUAAAUGACCUGCAACGAGCACGCAGCAGCCAUGAUUCCAGAUGCACACAAGGACCCAUGGACCCACUGGACUUUGUAGAGAGGAAGGAGUAUGAGGAGAAGCAGCAAUAAUAUUCACAUCCGGCAUACCACCUCUGUUUCUAUCAUUGCAAUAAAGACUGGAAAAUAA